AUGUCUGAAAGUGUGGCCUCCCAAGUACCUGGUGAUAGCAAGAGGGAUUCUGAAGUGGCUGCUGAGAGCCUAGAGGAAAUGAAGAUUAAUUCUGUGAAGGAACUUUCUGGACUAAGGAAUUAUGAAGUGGUUUACCCUCGAAGACUUCAUCCACUGCAUAAAAGAGAAGCGAAGGACCCAGAUCGAACGGAAAAAUAUGAAACUGAAUUGAAGUAUCAAAUGACAGUAAAUGGUAAAAUUGCAGUGCUUUACUUGAAAAAAAUCAAUGAUGAAACACAAGCAGACAUGUAUUUGGAUGAUUGUUACUACCAAGGGCAUAUCAUUAAUGAGAAAGUUUCUGAUGCUAGCAUCAGCACAUGUAGGGGCCUCAGGGGCUACUUCAGUCAGGGAGAUCAAAGGUACUUCAUUGAACCAUUAGGUCCCACAAAUCAGGAAGAACAGGAACAUGCACUCUUCAAGUAUGAUCCCGAGGAAAGUACCAACAGCACCUGUGGGGUGGAUGACAAGUUAUGGACACCUGGAUCUCGGCGGAAUGUGAUUGCACCUGCCACCAACCUGAUAAAACCGGCAACUUUCUACACAUACCACAGUGUUCGUGAUAUACAACAUGGAACAAAGCUUUAUAAAAAGCUCAACACUCAUGUGGCCUUAGUUGGGAUGGAAAUCUGGAAUGAUAAGGACAAGAUAAAGAUAACCCGAAAUGCAAGCUCCACCUUGGAAAAUUUUUCUAAGUGGAGGAGGAGUGUGAUCCCCAGAAGAAAGCGCCAUGAUAUUGCUCAAUUGAUCACUGCAACAAAACUGUCUGGGACCACUGUGGGCCUGGCCUUCAUGUCCACAAUGUGCUCCCCUUACCAUUCUGUCGGCAUCGUUCAGGACCACAGUGACAACACACUUAGAGUUGCAGGGACAAUGGCCCAUGAAAUGGGACAUAACUUUGGAAUGUUUCAUGACUCAUAUGUUUGCAAAUGCCCUUCUACAAUAUGUGUAAUGGACAAAACGUUAAGCUACUAUAUACCUACAGACUUCAGCUCUUGCAGCCGUGUGAGCUAUGACAAGUUCUUCGAAGACAGAUUAUCAAAUUGCCUCUUCAACGUCCCAUUGCCUACAGAUAUCAUAUCCACUCCAAUCUGUGGGAACCAGUUGGUAGAAAUGGGAGAAGACUGUGAUUGUGGGACCCCCGAGGAAUGUACCAACAUUUGCUGUGAUGCGAAAACGUGUAAAAUCAAAGCACGUUUUCAGUGUGCACUGGGAGAAUGCUGUGAGAAAUGUCAGUUUAAAAAGGCUGGUGUAGUGUGUAGAUCAACAAAAGAUGAGUGUGACCUGCCAGAAAUGUGUGAUGGUAAAUCUGGUAUUUGCCCUGAUGAUCGCUUCCGGGUCAAUGGCUUCCCUUGCCAAAAUGGAAAGGGGUACUGCCUGAUGGGGUCAUGCCCCACGCUGCAGGACCAGUGCACCCAGCUGUGGGGACCAGGAAGCCAGGUUGCCGACAAAUCGUGUUAUAGCAGGAAUGAAGGUGGGUCAAAGUAUGGAUACUGUCGCAAAGUUGAUGGCACAGGAGUUCCUUGUAAGGCGAAUGAUGUCAUGUGUGGGAAAUUGUUCUGUCAAGGUGGAUCAAAUAACUUGCCCUGGAAAGGACGGAUAAUAACCUUUCAGACAUGUAAAACAUUUGAUCCUGAAGAAAACAGUGAAGAAGUAGGCAUGGUAGCCAAUGGAACUAAGUGUGGAAACAAAAAGGUGUGCUUCAAUGCUGAGUGUGUGGAUAUCGAGAGGGCCUACAAGGCAACCAAUUGCUCCUCUAAGUGCAAAGGACAUGCGGUGUGUGACCACGAGCUGCAGUGUCAGUGUCAGGAAGGAUGGGCCCCGCCGGACUGCGACGACUCCUCCAUGGUCUACCAUUUCUCCAUUGUGGUUGGAGUGCUCUUCCCCGUGGCUGUGGUAUUUGUGGUGGUUGCUAUAGUAAUCCGGCACCAAAGCACCAGAGGAAAGCAGAAGAAAGUCCAGAGGCCACUGUCUGCCUCUGACACUAGACCUCGCCAACAGAAGAGGAAACCACAGAAGGGGAAGGCCAUCCAGCCCCAAGAGAUGAGUCAGAUGAAGAAUUGUGCCCCUGAUGUACCAGUAGAAGGCAAUGAGCCUCCGGCUUCAUUUCACAGAGACACAAAAGUACUUCCCUCCACUAUUGUCAAGGAUAAAGCAAUGUCCACACCUAAGGACUCAAAUCCAAAAGUCUGAAACAAGAGUU